AUGUCUGACAAAGAGCAAACGAGCGGAAAUACCGAUUUGGAGAAUGCUCCUGCAGGAUAUUAUAGUUCUCAUGACAACGAUGUUCAUGACGUCGCAGAAGAUGAACGUCCAUCCCAUGACUCGUUGGGGAAGAUUUACACCGGUGGUGAUAACGACGAAUAUAUUUACAUCGGGCGUCAGAAGUUUUUGAAAAGCGACUUGUACCAAGCCUUUGGUGGUACUUUGAAUCCAGGUUUGGCGCCUGCUCCAGUGCACAAAUUUGCUAAUCCUGCGCCCCUAGGUCUUUCUGCCUUCGCUUUGACCACGUUUGUGCUAUCCAUGUUCAAUGCGAGAGCGCAAGGUAUUACUAUCCCUAACGUUAUCGUUGGUUGUGCUAUGUUCUACGGUGGUUUGGUGCAACUAAUUGCUGGUAUUUGGGAAAUUGCUUUGGAGAAUACUUUUGGUGGUACCGCACUAUGUUCUUACGGUGGGUUUUGGUUGAGUUUUGCUGCUAUUUACAUCCCUUGGUUUGGCAUCUUGGAAGCUUAUGAAGGGAAUGAAUCAGACUUGAAUAACGCUUUAGGAUUCUAUCUAUUGGGAUGGGCAAUCUUCACUUUCGGUCUAACCGUCUGUACCAUGAAAUCUACAGUCAUGUUCUUUCUGUUGUUCUUCCUACUAUCUUUGACUUUCCUACUGUUGUCUAUCGGCCAUUUUGCAGAAAAACUCGGUGUUACAAGAGCUGGUGGGGUCCUGGGAGUUGUCGUCGCCUUCAUUGCUUGGUACAAUGCAUAUGCAGGUGUGGCAACAAAGCAAAAUUCAUAUGUGUUGGCUCGUCCAUUCCCAUUGCCAUCGACUGAAAGGGUUAUAUUUUAA